AUGGCGCCGUCUACCGCUCCUUCUGCGCUCGCCUUUCUUGCUCGGAAGCAUGAUGAUGCGCAAAAGGCCAUAGAGCAUUUCCACAGCCUGCUCCACACACGCGAGGGCCACGAUGUCACGCUCUGGUUCCUGGGCGAGGCCACUCGCCUCGUCGCCGUCCUUCUCGACACAUUGAGCCAGUCUGACACAUUCCGCCAUCCAAAAGAAUCCUUACUUUUUGGCCCCUGGCUGAAGCUGGCGGCAAAAUUGCGACUGCCGUGGGGGCUGACGCCGCGCGCCUCCACCCGGCUGCCCCUUUCUGCGAUUUCCGGUCGGGCUGCGGAGCGAAUGGGAGUUCUUGCUGAUAUUUUGGAGGAUUGGCAGAUUUUGAAUCGUUUUUGGGGUCUGUUGGAUAUGUGGGUUGCGAUAAAGACCCUCCUUGCCGAUACGUUGCGCAGCUUACGGGAGAAGAAGCCCGUCAAUUGGCCGGAUACUCUAGGUCGUGCUUUGGAGCACCUGUGCCUGGUUGGAUAUCACUUCGGGGAAGCGACAGCUUGGCUGACGGGACGGAGAUUUCUUGGGUGGUCGACUAAGAUGCAGGAAAAGAUGGCCCUGCUGUCAGUUCGAUCCUGGGCUGGCUAUUUGGUACUAGUCAUGAUACGCCGCCUUGCUCAGCUGAUGCCACAGCGGAUAGAUGGCAGUUCCGAGAAGCGCGCACCUGAAUGGGAUGCCCAGUCGAAAAAAGAAUGGAACAGGGAGUUCUUCAACAACUUGGCCUGGUUCCCAGUUGCGAUUUCCCUCAGUGUGCCUGGUGGAUUAUUGCCACCUACUCUCACUAGCAUCCUGGCAUUUAAUGCCUCUGUGAGACCUGUUCGUGAUAUUUGGGAGGAUACAGAAGAAGAAGGAAAGGAGGAAGGGGGAGAAACAUGA